AUGUCCUCCCUUGACGAUUAUUUAGCUAAAAAUUAUGGUACUUCUUCAACUUCAGAAAUCGUAAGGAGGAAAAAGAAAAGAAAAGUCAAGGACUCUGCUGCAUCUGUCGCCAUUAUCGAUGAAGAAGAAACUGUCGAACAAUGGAAAAGUCCUGUUUCCGACGAGGAAAUCGCGCCCGUGGUUGAUCUUUCAGAACAAGAAAAAGAACAGCGCACGCAAAAGUGGAAGCCAAUUGUAGUGGAAGAUGAGGCUCCACAAAUUG